AUGGACUUAAUAGGUCAUUUGCAUUGCAACGUGUUUAAUCAAGACAAACUUUUAUUAAAUGGUGUCGAGGUUUAUCUUCAUCUGGUUCGUUCGAAGAAUGCAUUUUGUUUGAUGGAUGCAUCGACAAGGAAUUAUUCAGUCAGUAUUACUGAAGCAAUACUUCUUGUUCAACGAGUAAAAGUAAGCCCCACAGUUUUGAUUGCACGUGCAAAGAGUUUAGCAAGCACUACUGCAAAAUAUCCAAUCACCCGUGUGGAAGUUAAAUCUUUUACUAUGCACAGUGGUACUACAGGCGACUGUUUAGAAAACGUUAUUCUUGGCCAGUUACCAAAAAAAAUAAUACUAGGUUCCGUCGACAAUAAAGCUUUUAACGGGGACAGAAAACUUAACCUCUUUAAUUUCCAAAAUUACUCUAACAAUUUUAUGUCAUUAUACGUUAAUGGGGUACAAAUUCCAAGCAAACCAUUACAACCUACUUUUACAAGAAGUGGAUCUAUGUACGUUGAAGCUUAUCAGAUAUUAUUUUCUGGCUCCGGAAUACAUAACAUGAACGAGGGAAACAAGAUACACAGAAAAAAUUAUCCAAAAGGGUAUUGUCUUUUUGCAUUUGAUCUUACACUAGAUUUGCCCACGCACUUUGCAGGUCAUUGGAAUUUAGUAAGAAAUAAGUCUGUCAGAGUAGAAGUACGUUUUGAGACGCCUUUGACAAAAACAAUAAAUUGCGCUCUUUACUCAGAAUUAGACAAAGUGUUAGAAAUAGACUCUGACCGUCACAUAGUUGUGGAUUUCAACGCCUAA